AAGACGAAACAAAACACGUAUCAUAAGGUUGCCCGAUGCCGGAGUCCGAAGGGAGCCACCAUCUUCUUACAUCUCUACAGUUGAAACACACACACACACAGUGAGGAACGAACAAGAGCUUGUAUUUCCUUUACUCCGGCUGCUUUGAAUGGCGACAGUAGCUUCUGGUGCUUUGGUUUCUUUGGAAGAGCUGGUUCCAUCUACGCCAUACUUUAAACAUGGCGUCUCUCUUCGUGUAACUGGAAAGCUACAAGAGUAUAACGUGGGGACUGCUGUUGCAGUGAUUGUUGAUAGGAAUGCAUCAUUAGAAAUUGACACACGGCACUUGAAUCUCAAUCUUCGCGUUGGUUCCAUCUUCCAGUUUAUUGGAGAACUGCAUCUUGAACCUGAUCAUGAGGCAAUUCUAAAAGCACGAGUUGGACGAAAUGUAGAUGGAAUGGAUCUCAAUCUCUAUCGUCAAUCUCUACAGCUUUUGAGAGACUUUCAAGCUAAUAGCUAGACACCUUAGUGAAGGAUAAUUUUCCAAAAGUAAGGCUUCAGAAUGUAGAUAUCAUUAUGGAAACAUAGUAAGGAGAUAUCAAGGCAUCCUUCACACAAAAUGUGGACAACCACUCUUACACCUUUAUUUUCCGUCAUUUCAUGACUUUUUAUUAGUUAUGGAUACAUGUAUUAAUAUCCCAAACGUGUGUUUCGCAUAACAUGAAAUGUUUUCUUGAAAAAUGUCAAUGUUUCCCGUUUGGGUUGCAGAUUGAAAAUUAUUUUUUGUAAUAAAACAAUAUUUAGAGGUUGAUC